AGCGGCCUCUCCUUCAGGCUGGCUUUUUUCUUCUCUGUGACCUGACGUUCGCUGCCACGGCAACCUCUUCUCCGGCGCCUGCUCCCUGCAGCUGCAGCCCAGCGAGCGCUGUGCUCCCCCAUGCCGUCGAAGCUCUUUCCGGUUCCCCCUGUUACGGUUCGCAAUUACAUAGAGAGGUUGAAUAUGGAUUCAUUGUAUGCUUCCCAGUUGUGACAAUAAUGGCUGAAAUGAAUAUGCUAUGGCGUGCUCAACAACUCCAGUAAAGUAUCGUAGAGAAUCAUCUUGAACUAUGGACAAAACACGCAAGCGGAAGGCUGCUCAUACAGGGAGACCCCCCAAUGAGCAAUUGACGAAUAAUGAUUCAUCCAUACCGGCUUCUCAGUUAGGAAGCUUCAUUUCAGAAUCUCUCCUUCCAUCACAGAGAGUGGUCAGACAACGAACCCUGCUAUCUUCAGAUUUGCCACGGCCAGAGUCAUCUACUGCUGCUGAAACACGUAAGAAACGUAAGGCCGCUAUAGCUUCUGGAAGACAGGAAGAGAAUUCAGAGCCUCCUCUUCAUAACCGACACCGCCGUAAGUUGUUAAAGGAAUUGUUCCCUAAGAGGACAUUCAGGUCCUAUCUCAGACUGCUGCUAUAUGAAGCUGCUAAUACUGCAAUCAAAGAAACACCGGCGAAACACACAUACAAAUAUCUGGCACUGUUUUCGCACCCCUUUAUUUGGGAAGUCAGAAUCAAACAUGCUCAUAUUGUGGUGCUCGCUUUUGGGCUGAGGAACGAGUACGUGGACAUGGACGGACAACUUCUCCAGUAUAUAACAAAUGCUGCAGAGGAGGAAGCAUUCUACUACCUCCUUACAAGCCACCUCCGGAGCCCUUACUUGGCCUUCUGACAGGAAAGGAUCCUGCACUAUCAAGACAUUUCUUUGAUAACAUCAGACGAUACAAUUCUAUGUUUGCCAUGACUUCUAUGGGCGUCAAUGUCAUAAAUUCUAUCAACGAUGCCCGUGGCCCUUAUGUCUUCAAAAUUAGCGGCCAACUAUGUCAUCGAAUAGGAUCACUAAUUCCAAACGAUGAAGCAAGACCUGAGUAUUGCAAGUUAUAUAUCUUUGACACUGAUAAUGAGGUUAGAAACAGAAUAGCUGUUGCAACAACCUCAAACAGUGACUUCCAACCAAACGAAGCUAUUGUUGCUUCCUUGAUAACCAUGCUUGAUACACACAACUCAGUUGUGCAAGUUUUUCGAACUGCCCGUGAUAGGCUAUCUAUGCAGCCAAACAACCAAUCUGGUGAA